GAAAAUAUCAAUUUCAAUUUCUUAAGAUUAUCUGCGGCAACUUUAUUUUCCAUCUCCACCUUCAUCGAGCUUGGAACCCUACACUACACACACAGAAAAUCAUAACCACAGAGAUAAACAUGUCUGGUGGCCCUAUUUCUCAGGAUUGGGAACCCGUCGUCAUCCGCAAGAAAGCUCCCAACGCUGCCGCCAAGAAGGACGAGAAAGCCGUCAACGCCGCUCGCCGUGCCGGCGCCGAUAUCGAUACCGUCAAGAAACAUAAUGCUGGAACAAACAAAGCUGCCUCUAGUAGCACUUCAUUGAACACUAAAAGGCUGGAUGAUGAUACGGAGAAUCUUGCUCAUGACCGUGUACCAACUGAACUGAAGAAGGCUAUAAUGCAAGCUAGGAUGGACAAGAAUCUUACUCAGGCUCAGCUUGCUCAAAUAAUCAAUGAGAAGCCUCAAGUGAUCCAAGAAUACGAGUCAGGGAAAGCCAUUCCAAACCAGCAGAUAAUUGGCAAGUUGGAGAGAGCCCUUGGAGCUAAACUGCGUGGCAAGAAAUGAGGAAUCUAAUUUCAUGGUUGUGCACUAGGUUUGCAUGCCACUGUUGAGGCGUUACCGUGUUUGUGUAUGCUCACUAUUUGUCUAUAUAUAAGACAGAUAAAUGGUUCUGAGCAUCCUUGGUUUUCACCUGUUCGAAUAUGUUAAGUUGCAUUUUCAGCACAAACCCUGUUUCUGGUGAUUGUAAGGUAUGAUUGGUGUGAUAUUUCUAACUUAUUACUACUUCGAUUUGCAGAGUAGGCGCUACCUAUAGUUUUAACUUUUAACGCUCCAUUUGUCAAAGAUAAAGUUUUAACACUCCAUGACAUGUUAUCUGAAUCUAUCAUUUUAAACUUUUAUUAUUUGUUCAA